AUGCCCUCCUAUAAACUCACCUACUUUGACGUGCGCGGAUACGCCGAGCCGGCCCGCCAACUCUUCCAUUUGGCCGGUGUCCCGUUCGAGGACGUCCGUCUCAGCCAUGACGAUGGAUCUUGGGAGAAGAUCAAGGAUUGUAAGUGUUUUUUGGGUAGUUGUAAACUAGAACCCUCGCUUUUCUUCAGCUACUCCAUUCGGACAAGCCCCAGUGCUUAGUGUCGACGGCUUCCAAAUCCCCCAAUCGGCGGCCAUCAUCCGUUACCUCGCCAACAAGUUCGGAUACGCCGGAAAGACGCCGGAGGAGCAGGCGUGGGCGGACGCCAUCGUCGAUCAGUUCAAGGACUUUAUCACCGCCUUCGUGCAAGUGAUCACGGCCACCCGCGCCGGAAAGCCAGCCGAGGAGGUUCAGAAGAUCAGAGAAGAAGUGGCGAUUCCGGCGAGAGACGCGUUCUUCACUAUCCUCAACGGAAUUUUGGAGAAGAGCAAGUCGGGAUUCCUGGUCGGAGAGGGACUUACUUUUGCCGAUUUGGUGAUCGCCGAGAAUCUGACGACGCUCGAGAAGAACGGAUUCUUCAAGCCUGCGGAGCAACCGAAACUCGCUGCUCUUCGCGAGAAGGUCAACUCUCAGCCGGGGCUCAAGGAGUGGAUCGCCACCCGUCCGGAUACUCAGUUCUAA